GGCAGGAACCACUCCCAAAAACAAAACUAUCGCACGCCAAACAGCGCGCAGCUGGUUUUUCGCCUUGCCUGCCUGAAUCCUCCCGCCGCUCUGCUGCACAACCAACCUUUGGGCCCCAUCUCCUCCCCCACACCCCCACCUCCUUCUCCUCUUAUAUACGAACCUUCCUCCCCCUUUCUCCCCCCCAUACCUAUUUCGCCGCUUUCCUUCUAUAACCCAUCAAUGGCGAAAUCCAACAGGCUCGGCACCAAGCUCAAGUCCGCCCUCAUCAAGAGGUGGCCUUCCAUUGGCAGGCUUGCCCGCUCCCCCAGCAGCGGCUCCCACAUCGCCGUCGCCGACGAGGACUCCUACUUCCUCGCCGCAGACAAGGUCGGCGCUGGCGAGCUCCACCCGGUGUACGUGGGGAAGUCCCGGCGCCGGUACCUGGUGGGCCCCGACGUCCUCGAGCACCCUCUGUUCCGGGAGCUCGCCCACCGGUCGGCCGGCGAGUCCGAGGGCAUGGACGUGGCGUGUGAGGUGGUCCUGUUCGAGCACCUACUGUGGAUGCUGGAGAACGGGGACGCUCCAAUGGAGUCCUCCAUGGACGAGCUCGUCGAGUUCUACCAUUGCUGAUUCUCCCGGCGUUGUGCGGUCGAUCGCCGGCUGAAAGUCCCCCAAAAAGGAUCCAAGGUGUAAAUUUCGAGGAGGUAAUUAUUAAUAAUGAUGAGCGGUGUAGCUAAGCUAGGAAUUUGAAUUGAUUUGAUUCGAGGAUAGCGAGGAGAUGCAGAGGAGAAGUAGGCCUAGUUUGUGUGUUAGUUGGGUCUCUCUGUCAUUUAUCAAUUGGAUGAAUCGAGGAUUAACCCGUACAGCCUGUACUGAUCAUGUCAAUUAGGGGGAUUAAACCUGAAUAUGAUCAUCCACGGGAACUGCGUGAUGAUCACCAAGUGUUUGUAAUAUUUCCUUAAAGAAAUUAUUGUCUUCAUCUGCGACUCUGUUUAUUAAAUCUUGUUUCUCCUA